CUGGAAGGGAGGAGAUCCCAAUCCCAUGAUCCGCUCCAGCAGCAGUGAUUCCUCAUCCUCCCGGCUCUGCUUACGUCUCUGACUCCGCCUCUCCUCUGCCCUGCCUGGAGUCAGAGUCUCAGACGGUGCCCCUCUCCAGAGCAGCGGACGGAGCACACCACCAUUCGCCGCUGCCGCUGUUUUCUGUGCUGACCUGCUGAUAUAAUGGCCUCCGAUGGUAUGGAUGAACGAUCCCCGCUGUUGUCAGCACCGAACUCGGGGAAUGUCACGCCCACCGCUCCGCCGUACCUGCAGGAGCCAAACCCGAGAGCUGAAUUACCUCCGCCCUACACAGCCAUCGCCAGUCCAGAUGCAGGUGGAGUUCCUGUCAUUAACUGUCGAGUGUGCCAGUCUCUCAUAACUCUGGAUGGGAAGCUCCAUCAGCAUGUAGUGAAGUGCACCGUCUGCAAUGAGGCCACACCUAUAAAAAAUCCACCAACAGGAAAGAAGUACGUUAGAUGUCCUUGCAACUGCCUGCUUAUCUGUAAAGACACGUCUAGGAGGAUAGGAUGCCCUCGGCCCAACUGCAGACGGAUCAUCAACCUGAGUCCUGUGAUGGCGAUCCCAGAGGAGCAGCCCGCCCAGCCAGCUCUGCCCGUCCAGCCUGAGGGCAUGCGUGUGGUCUGCGGCCACUGCGGCAACACAUUCCUUGGCAGCGAUGAUGAUGAUGAUGAUGAUGAUGAUGAUGAGUGCUCCCAGUCUUCCUCAGGCCUGGCUAUUCGCAGACCCUCUGAUCUUUUCAAGUGGAUGGAGCUCCGAUUCAAUACACUGGCCAAGUGCCCGCAUUGCAAAAAAAUAUCCUCUGUAGGCAGUGCUCUACCCAGAAGGCGCUGCUGUGCCUACAUUACAGUAGGAAUGAUCUGCAUUUUCAUCGGCGUCGGUUUAACGGUUGGCACUCAGGACUUUGCCAGACGUUACCACGCUACUUAUGUGUCCUGGGCCUUCGCGUAUCUCCUGGGCCUCAUCUGUCUGGUACGAGCCUGCUACUGGGGAACGAUUAAAGUCAGCUAUCCAGAGAACACCUUUGCGUAGACAAAGCAUCCAUCCUUCAAGUCCUUAGUGUUUGAUUUCUCUUGAUUUGAACAGGUUAACUGUUACAAGAACAUCAGAAUCCAGGGGGUUUGGGUACGUGCAGAUGUUUCAGAUUGAGUUUUUGAUUAGCUCUGAUGUACCUGUAGCUGAUUUGAACCCGCAAUAUGAUGACUUGAGGAAUUAAAGUGAAUUCAAAAACUAGAAAACUAAUACAAAUAUUCCAUUCGUGGUUCACCUGGAUUUGUUAUGGUGGGUGGAUAUCAAACGUAUUUUACGUACUGCAUUUUGUUACCAACUUGACCAAAAGAGAUGAUCUUUUAUUUGCCCAUUGCACUACAAUUUUAUGCAAUUCUUCUGUUGUGUUGCUGCUAGUUACUACAGUCGUUCUGAGCUGAGAGAUGUUGUGUGUUCAGAGAGCCUGCUUGUGGCACUAUCUGUCACGUUCAGAUAUAUUUAACUGUUCUUAAAAUCCUGUGCCAACAUUGUUUUGGUUGUUCAGUGUCCGUUAGGAGAUCUCCCGACUCAUUUAGGCUGCUCAAACUCACUGUGAGCAAUAAUCAUGC